CUUACAGGCUAUAAAACAAACUUGUUCUGUCAAUCUUGAAUUGAUAUUAGGAUAAAGAAAUAAUUGUAGGAAAAGAAAUCCAAGGGGAGCUCCAGCUUAACACGUGUGAUAGAUGUGCAAAAAGUAAAACGCUAACAACAUGGUACUUCGAUUAAAUGGACAGUAAAAAUGACAGUUGAUUGACAUUUGGUAGUUACGUGUUUUACAUGAAACUAGGAAAAAUGAAAUGUAAUACACAGGAACAAAACUGAUUAAGACUGAGCUGAUUAUGUAGUUAGAGAUAUAAUUACCAUUAAAAAAGCAGUGUCAGUGAAUGCUAACCCUGGGUGUAUUUCAUAGAAGUAAAUGUGCUUGACAAAAAAAACAUUGAAGUAUUCUGAUGUGUUCAGCCUGUUAAUCAGAUCAUCUUUCAGUUCAUGUACAGUAUCUCACGAAAGUGAGUACACACAUUUCUGCAAAUAUUUAAUUCUGUCUUUUCAUGGGACAACAAUGAAGAAGUGACACUUUGAUACAAUGUAAAGGAGUCGGUUUACGGCUUGUGUAACUAAAUUUACUGUCCCCUCAAAAUAACACAGGCAUUAAUGUCUAAACCGCUGGCAACAAAAGUGAGUACACCCCUAAGUGAAAAUGUCCAAAUUGGGCCCAGAGUGUCAAUGUUUUGUGUGGCCACCAUUGCAGAAAUGUGAGGGGUGUAUUCACUGUUUUGAGAAACUGUAUAUGUACAGUAUGUUUUAUAAUUCACAGCAUACUAGCAUGUUAGAUUUCUUACCCAGGGCAACACCAGCGUUUGUUAACACAGCUACCCAUGAGCCUCUUGGGUCCUGCUCUGCUCUGACUGUGGAUCUCUUAAUAGGAUUAUCUAUUCUCAGUACAGGAGAAAGCCAGAGGAAGAAAUGAACCAAAGACGGACCUGUGAGAGCGUGUUUGUGUUUUCAGCAACAAUGAAAACCCCACUGUCGGCUAUGAGGUGGAAGAUUUAAUCAGCUUUUUCCAGAGUUAGACGCUUGGAUCCAUCAGUAGAGGACGGCAGUAGUGAUGAACGCCGAGCCCGAUGCAGAGACAAACAGUCCCAACCUGCCGGUGGUUCUGGACAGCGAUGACAGUGAGGAAGAAACCAGCCAGGAGGAGCCGCCGGGCACCAGCUGGAGUGACCUCUCCAUCAUCGAACGUGUCGGCCUCAACAGUGUUGAGAUGCCAGAGAAGGAUUUGGAGGCCGCCUUCACUCAGAUUUCUCUGGCGUUCCGCUGCGAUCAGUACACCCUGAAGCAGAGGCUGCAGGCCGAGGAACACGCCCGGAACCUGGCCGAGGAGAACGUCCAGCUGGAGCUGAGCAGAGGCAGGGAGACUCUGGAGACUCUGAAGGGCCUGUGUCUGGACAGUAAGCGUAGUAAGAUCCUGCAGAGGCUGGAGUUGUCUCUGGACAUCCUGGGAGGGACCGUGGAGAGAAUCUCCAACACAGCAGAGGUGCUGGGUGCUGUUCACCAGGAGGCUCGGGUGAGUCGAGCCGUUGAGCUCAUGGUGGCUCACGUUGAGACUCUGAGGAGGCGACACGACAAAAAUGUAGCGGAGCUGGAAGAAGCCAAGAAGAUGGUGCAGCAGCAGAACUCCUGCAGAAUCACCCGCGAUCCUGGAGGAUCUCUAGAUUCAGAGGACAACGACAGACCCAAGGGCUAUAAGCAGAACAAUCUCCGAAGAAGAGUCAGCAUAUCAGUCAUUUCCAGCCAAGUCCAGGAGAAGAGACAGCAGAGCUCAGAGUCCAGCUUCUUAGCUUUGACCAGAGACGACAGCUACGUAGUGGAUGAGAGGCCUCUUGAACCAGAUGAACCUCCACCAGAAGCUUCAGCAGCUCCUCCAGACCCUCCUCCCAUCCCCAUCCCCGUCCCAGAGUGCCCUCCGUCUAAACCAGCGACCGCCAGAAAGACACAAAACAAAAACUCCUCUCUGGACACUUUGCGACAGAGACACAAGGGCAAAGCGGCGUUAUCGAAGAAAAAGGAAAAAAAGACAACAAAUAUCUACCAGCGGAUCUCUGUGGGCACGAACGGAUCCCUGAAGAGGAAACACCACCUGACUCAGUGGAUGUAUCGCUGUCGAUGGGCUCUGAUCUGCACCUACCUGUUUGUGCUUUUCUUUGUCGUAUCGCUGACUUACUUCUUAUGGAAGCUUCAGGAUGGAGCUCUUGAGCCGUGAUCUGGCCUUUUGUGAUUCUGUACAUGUGAAUGACCAGUGUGUGUUGUCUGGAAGGCUCUUUGUAUGUGAAUAUAAACUGUUUUGAUGCUAGA